CAACCACCUCGUCCCCUGCCAGCGCAUAUCUUGUCUUUUGAUUUGUUGUCUCUGGUCGCGUCUCAAUUCUUCUUUCAUUUCAAGUUCUUUCAGUUACAGGCUGUGUUCGACUGCCAUGGGCAAAAUAAACCUCACAGCCCUCCGGGUGCGACAGACAGCACUCAGCCAAUUCGCCAGUGGAAAGAUCAGCAAACUGCCACAAUGGGUCGGGGUGGUCGGCGAGAUCCCUCCUGCUGAAACCCUCAUUCGUACCCGCCCUCCUCAGCACGAGCUUGUCCAACAGCGGUUGAAGACCGUUGCUGGGUCAUCGAAGCCGCAGGUCGUCUUCCAAGUCCAAGAGAAGCGCAGAAAGCCCAAGAAGCCUAGUCGACUUUUCCAGCCUGUCGAGCUCAAAUAUGAGGAAGAUCAAUUGCGAACUCAAUUCUUCCGCGAUCACCCCUGGGAACUUGCCCGGCCCCGUGUGCUUCUUGAGAGCACUGGCAAGGACUUUGAACACUACGACUGGAGCCGCAUCCAACAGCCAGGGAAGCGGUUAGAUGGUGAAAGUGUUGUUCAGCGACAGCUGUGGCUGUUGAAUAACGUCCCGGAUAUGAACAAGAGCGCCGCUUACGAUAUUGCUCGUCGAGAAUUCUACAGACUUCGGUUGCAGGAGGACAUCCAACGCCGGGUUGCUGCGGAAGAAGCCGCGGCAUAUGGCGCAGAGUUCGGACCGUCAUACAUGGACAUUGGUAUGAAGAUGGAGAACGAGCAGUACGACAAAUGGGUUACCUGGGCUCGGCAAACGUCUCUAGUCCAGGACCAGCGGAAAUCAGCUCUUAGCGGUGCACCAGAUCUGGGAGAGACCGAGUCAAGUGAGAUGGAGGGCGAAGAAGCAGAGGCGGUCACUCUGUAGGAGUCUGAGAUGUUGGAGUGGGCUCGAACGCCAUUAUGCUACUCCUUUUCCAGGAGUUUUUGAUCCCCUAGUCUUUCAUAUUGAUGGCCUAUGUAUAUUAUUUGAUCUGUUCUGCUGGAUGUUGUACUCCCCUAGCUCUAUUUACGCGAUAUCACAUUCA